AUGCCUCCCGCGCCGAGCCUGCAGUCCAGCGGGCUGACGCUGUCCGAGAUCAGCAUCGGUAGUAGCCAAUCUGUCCGUUGUCUUGUAGGUUCUUUUAAGAGGAGGAAGAGGAAAUCCAUCAUCGUCACAGUGAUGCUGCUCAUUGUGUCGGUGCUCAUCCUCGUCUUCGGCCUGGCAGCAACGACCAGGACGCAAAACAUCACAGUUGGGGGCUACUACCCGGGCCUCAUUCUGGGCUUUGGCUCUUUCCUGGGAAUCAUCGGCUCCCAUUUGAUCGAGAACAAGAGGCAGAUGCUUGUGGCUUCUAUUGUCUUCAUCAGCUUUGGAGUCGUGGCUGCAUUCUGCUGCGCUAUUGUAGAUGGAGUUUUUGCUGCCAGGCACAUUGACCUGAGGCCCUUGUAUGCAGGACGGUGCGACUACCUCUCCAGUGAGACUGCAUCUGAGCGAGAAGUGCCCUGCCAGACGUCGUCUCGCACGUCCUGCAACCUGCGCGUGAGAAGCAACACGUGUUACUGCUGCGACCUGUACAACUGUGGCAAAGAGCAUCCUCUCAUGGGACUUCAGAAUAGAGAUGGUUUGAAAAAAUUUAAGAAACCAUCCAUGAUUUGGAACCGUGUGGAAGUGGUAGGCGGAUACCACGAGUACACAGACGUGAAGAGCUGCCAAGACGUGGUGCACCUCUACCACCUGCUCUGGUCGGCCACCAUCCUCAACAUCGUGGCUCUCUUCCUGGGAAUCAUCACUGCUGCGGUGCUCGGGGGCUUUAAAGACAUGACCCCAGCUCAAACAUCAGAUAGUACAUCAGAACCGGAAGCCAUCACGGCGUCUGUCGACUCUGAUGCCCCACCGCGCACUAACUCCCACGUCAACUCCUACCGCAACUCUGCUCCCUGCCUGCCACCAUAUUCGGCCUAUGAUGCGCAGGGUUCCUAUAUGUUCGCCGACUCUUCCGGCUUGUCUGAUGACUCGCAAUCCGGAGCAAGUCACCUGUGGCCCACCUUGGUUCCUCCUCGCUACUCUCCACCUCACGAGCAUCCGGAUGACAAGCCACCACCGUACAGCCCCUAG